UGACAACUAUAAAAGCCGCCAGCAACCCUUUCCAGGCACCAGUCUACUCCAGAACUUCGGUACAACAGGAGAAAUGGCAUUUAUCAAGAUCGUAACUUUGGCAGUGGUUUGCCUGACGGCGACCCAGGCCGGCCUCGUCGAGCCGCAGUUCUACGGCGGGUAUGAAGGAAACUACUUCUCCGCCCCCGUCGGCCACGGUCCGGGCUUCCAGUACGACGCCGUCCCUUACGUCGCCCACGCCCCCGCAGUACACGUCGCUCCCGCCCCCGCUGUGCACGUCGCCCACGCCCCCGUCGCCGUCGCCGCCCCCGUCUUGCCUUACGAGGGAGUCGAGUACGCCAGCUACGCCCCUCACCACGACCACGAACAUUAUUCCUACCCGAAAUACGCCUUUAACUAUGGAGUCCACGACCCUCACACAGGAGACAUCAAAUCUCAGUAUGAAGAGAGAGACGGCGACGUCGUCAAGGGCUCUUACAGUCUCGUCGAACCCGACGGUUCCGUCAGGGUUGUAGAGUACACCGCUGAUGACCACAACGGAUUCAACGCCGUAGUCAAGAAAAUCGGACCUUCCCACCACCCUGCCCCAGUCCACCACGUCGCAGCACCCGUCCACCACGUUGCCGCCCCCGUCCACCACGUUGCCGCCCCCGUCCACCACGUUGCCACCCCCGUCCACCACGUAGCCGCCCCCGUCCACGUCACCCUCCAACCAUCCUACCACGGCGGACUUGAGCACGCUUACCACUACAGGAAAUAGAUACCGACUGGAAAUUGCCGCAACUUUGACGAGUAGGGCGCAACGACGCAUCGGAACGCCAAAGAAACCUUGUUGCGCCCCACUCAAUGACUCGGCUUCAUAUCAAGGCAAAGCAAUUUAUUUAUUCUGCUCGGAGUGCCUCCGGGCUUUUUGUGUACCUUUUUUUAAUACUAUCAACAAACCCAUAACGGGCAUUUGUGUAUUUAUUUUAAAAAAAACAUUGCAAUAAAUUUCUACCUGAAA